AUCAUCUUGAGAGUUGCUUAUGGUGUGUGCACGUCUUACUUUUUCACUUAAGGAUACAAAAUCCGGAAUGGCUCACCAAUUUUUAAAAGUCGCAAUUUUAAUCAUUGGUAUUGCCAUUUAUGCACUUCUUUGGAACACGAUGACCCGUUUUGAUGGAUACGACGAGCUACACCGUUCAAAUCCAUCAACACUUGAUGCCAGAAUUUACGACAAAGUCAGGAUUUUUUUGUUGUUCAUUGGAUACAACAGAAGCAGGCACACCCUACUUGCUGCUUUGCUAGAUGCUCAUCCACAUGUCGUUGUUGCCAAUGACUUUAACAUCUUAAAGCAGUGGAUUACCAUGCCUGAAAUAUUUGACAGGAAAAAGUAUUUUAUCUAUGAGCUGAUUUACGCCAAAUCACGCUAUGAUGUGAUGUAUGGUGUUCGCUCUCGGUUGGUAAACGGGGUCCCAGUACAAUAUCAUUACAACGUGGAGGGUCAGUGGCAAGGACAGAUCAAUGAGGGUGUACAGGUGAUAGGAGAUAAGAAAGCAGCUCAGGCUUCAAAAAUUUUGCUCCAAAGUGAAGGAAGAGAGCAUCUUCGAAAUUUAGAGCGCAAACUUGGCACAAAGCUUAAAUUCAUUCACGUUGUGCGUAAUCCUUUCGAUAACAUUGCAACUUUAGCGCUUCGCAAGGCGAAACUCAAGAAAAACGAAGUCCAAGACAACCUUGAGUGUGAUUGUCACGAGGAGCUUGAUGAUGCCAUAGCGGAAUACAGUACCCAGGUGGAGGGAACUUCGCAAGUCAAGAAGAACUUUCCAGGUCGUGUACUCGACGUGCACGGUAUGGAUUUAAUGAAAAACCCGCGUGAAACCCUCAUGAAAAUUUGUGACUUCUUGGAAAUCACGUGCACCAAGAAAUACUUAGAGGACUGUGUUUCAAUUGUGAGCCCCGUUCCCUCUAAAACUCGCCAGUUCGUUAAGUGGACUGAAAAACAACUAAAAAGAGUUCAGAUGUUGAUUAAAAAUCAUUCAUUUCUUCAAUCAUAUUCAUUUGAAAAUUAAAAGAUCUUCAAAAUGUUUCCAUUUUUUUGGUGCAAAAAAAAACAAGUUCAUUUAGACAUAGUUUGAUGCUACUCUGGUUUGCAUAUUUAAUGAAUGUAACCGAAGAAGUUACAAUUCAUAGGCCCAACGUUUCGACACUCCUGUCUAGUGCCUUCCUCAGGGGUGAUCCAAACGCUGCAACAAAAGGUCCUUUUAUAUUAUCACUAAUUAGCGGCCUUUUUUCUGACGAGGUGUAAAUAAGCGUCAGGAAGCAAACCGCCAUCGUCGCGAUUUAA